CUGCAGCCAGUAACUUCAGGCUGGGGAGAGGCCGCAGCGGCCCCGUCGGCUGCAGCCACCUCCUGCCCAACUCCAAGACCAACUCCGCCCUCGCGCCGCGGCGGCCCGUGCAAGGCCAGGCAGAGGCAAGCGGGCCGCUUGGAACGCUGGUCCGGGCCGUUCGGGUUCCGGUGUCACUAUGGCGACCGGACGCGGCUGGAUCCUGCAGCAGCACAGCCUCGGGCUGGCGUGGGCAGCGGCUGCUCCCCAGCCCCUGGCGCCGCCCGCCCUCACCAGCCGGAGCCCCCCGACUUCCGCGGCUCCUCCUCCAGACCCGGACCGCGGCAGCUUCGCCGUGCGGCUCAGUAAGAGGUCAGGAAUCUUCGCUGCCAUGUCUGCGAAACUAUCUGAAACCCAAAAUAUUUGCAUUCAAAGGCCUUAUCAGAAGACUUCUAUGAAAUCAAAAUUUUGCCUAUGCAUUGAGUGUAUGCCAUCAGAGAUACUACUGAAGAUAUUUUCUUAUUUGGAUGCUGUAUCCCUGUUGUGUAUCGGUUGUGCGAAUAAACGCUUCUAUCAUCUGGCCAAUGACAAUGUGAUCUGGUUCAAAAUUUACUCCAGUUUUUUUCCACCUAAAAGAACAAAUUGGAAAACUAAAUCUGUUGAAAGAACAGCUGUCUUACUAAGCCAUGCUACGAUUCAGGACAGAGAAUCGGGAUAUUGGAAGAACGAAUAUAUCAUGAAACAAAUAGCAACUGGCAAAACUAGAAUAAUUCAGCUUCUGAAACCUAUAAACCCUUACACUGGCCUUCCACUUAAAACCAAAGAAGCUAUCAAAACAUAUAGUUUGAGUUGGGUGAUUGUACUGAAGGACAGAAAUGGAAAGGAACAUGUAAUGGAGCAAGUGGACAUCUCUUAUAAUGACACAUCUAUUACUGUAUUUUGGUAUGGUACAAACUGGCCAUGUUUAGACACCUUGUCAACGCUGGAAUUAUGUGGAGUGACACCAUUGCUUCUUGACCAAUAUAAAAUUCCCACCAAGAAUGAACCUCGGCGACGUUCCUUAAUUGCUGAGUUCAACCUUACUAACCUCACUAAAGUGACAACAAUGAUUGGCUCUGACAUGCUUGUGCAACUUUUCCGUUUGAACCCAGGACUCCUGGUGGGUCUCUGGAAGAAAGGAAAUGGAAUUGCUUUUGUUACGGCGAGUCUUCAUCAUCAUCAACUUAUUGAGAGAAGCACUUUGGGCUCCGCCACUAUACAAUAUAUCCUGCCCCCUCAUAAACCUAUACUGGAUGAUGUUGACCCAGAAUAUGGACUGCAUGGCUACCAACUACAUAUUGAUAUGCACAGCGGAGAACAAACUUACAUGUGUGGUACAUUUCGCAAUCUGUUCUGCAGAAAAGAUUACAUUCGAAAUGGAUACUUGAGGCUUACAGUUAUAAGUUUAAAAAAUAAUUCACAACAUUUGCCUCUUGCUGGGAAAAUUGGCUUCUUCUGGAGAACUGAUGUGUUUGAAGGCAAUGUACAGAACUGUUACGUGAUGGAUGUGACCCUCUUGGAUGAAACCGAAAAACCCUUCUGGUGUUUCAGUGCCCCAGUCUACAUGAAACUUUCUUCCAAGGCAUCCUGCCUUUAUGACUAUAUGGGCCACAACUAUGACUUAAACUAUGUGGAUUCAGAGGGUAAAGUCCACAUUGAGCUGCUUUGGAUAGAAGAAACCAAGGAAUACUAUAUAGUCAAUCUGGUUCUUUAUCUAAGCAUUGAAAAAGUUAACCACUGGUUUGGAACAAAAUACUGAUUCUAAUAAUUUGAGCAGUUACUUUCCCUGCUGGUAUUUAGUUGAUUUUUGGGGG